ACCGUGUCCCUUUCAUGAUCACAACCCCAUAGCCACUCUUCAUUCUUCAAAGAAAAAAUGAAAAAAAAGUAAAAUUCAAUGCCCCGCGUAGAACAACAAGAACAAUAACAACAAGACCCUAUGAAACAUUGAAUGCAACAACAACCAUUUAAAACACUACCACUUCAACACUCUUGUUUCAACAAACUCAACCCUUGAACAGAGUGAAACCACAACAACAAUUAACAUGGGUUUCAAUUUCAAUGUCAAUAGCUUUGGCAUUGCUGGGUUGGAAUUGGAUCCUCAGUUGGCAGCUGAGAAAGCUGUGAGUGUCAUUGGUCAAGGCUAUGAUCUCUGCACUGAUAUAAGAUUCUCUUCUUGCAAGUCAAGGUUGGUUGAGAUCGAUGGAAACCGAACCAGGGACCUUGUGUUACCUGCUGGUGUUGUUGUCCCUGAUGUUCCUUCAUCUAUCAAGUGUGAUAAAGGUGAACGCACCAGGUUUCGCUCUGAUGUGCUCCCUUUCAAUCAGAUGUCUGAGCAUUUCAAUCAACAGCUAUCUUUGUCCGGAAAAAUUCCAUCUGGCCAAUUCAAUAAAAUGUUCGACAUGAGAAAAGGUUGGUCCAGGGAUGCGGCUUCCACUAAAAACCUUGCCUACGAUGGAUGGUUCAUUACAUUAUAUACCGUUGAAUUAGAUAGAACCAAAAUUACCCUUUCUGAAAAUGUAAAAAAAGAAGUGCCUUCUUCAUGGAACCCUGCAGCUCUUACUGAGUUCAUUGAAAAAUAUGGUACCCAUAUAGUUGUUGGGGUGAAGAUGGGAGGUAAGGAUGUGGUUCAUAUCAAGCAGUCAAAAAGUUCAGAUUUGCAGCCGACUGAACUGCAAAAAUUGCUAAAGCAACUAGCUGAUGAGGGGUUUUCCGAAGAUUCAAAUAGAAGUUCCAUUGUUAAUCCUAUUGAAACAUCAGGAAAACGAAAGGAUGGUCAUGCUAAGCUUUUGGGGCAGUACCAGUACAAACCUUCUCUUGUUGGUAGGCCAGUUGUUAGAAGUCACUCCAAGAAUGAUGAUAUCAUAAGCAUUUCUGUUCGAAGGGGAGGUAUUGACACGUGUCAAUCUUAUAACCAGUGGCUUUCAACCAUAUCAGAGUCUCCCAAUGUCAUCUCAAUGUCUUUUGUGCCUAUUACCUCGCUGUUGAAUUCUGUUCCAGGAAAUGGAUUUUUAAGUCAUGCGAUGAAUUUGUAUCUUAGAUAUAAACCUGCAAUUGAAGAGCUUCAUCAAUUUCUAGAAUUUCAGCUGCCUCGGCAGUGGGCUCCAAUGUAUGAUCAUCUUCCUCUUGGAUUUGGCCAUAAAUUUAAAAGGAACAUGUCUCCAUCACUUCAGUUCACUCUUAUGGGACCCAAGCUUUUUGUUAAUACUGUGAAGGUUGACUCUGAAAACCGGCCUGUAACAGGCAUUCGAUUGUACUUAGAAGGCAGAAGAAACAACCAUCUGUCAAUCCAUCUCCAACAUCUCUCAGAGGUUCCGGGUGUCCUCGAAAUUUCAGAAGAUCAUGGCUAUGAUCCUAUUGAUGAACCAGAUGACCGAGGCUACUAUGAACCAGUGAAGUGGAGCAUGUUUUCUCAUGUGUACACAGCACCUGUACAAUACAAUAGCUCUAGAAUAGAUGAGUCCACAGAAAUAGUGACAAAGGCCUGGUUUGAGGUUAAGGUAGUGGGCAUGAAGAAAGUUCUUUUUCUCAGGCUUGGAUUCUCAACAGUUGCAUCUGCGAAAAUUCGCAGAUCAGAGUGGGAUGGACCUUCAACCUCAUCUAGAAAGUCAGGAUUCUUCUCAGCAUUGAUGAGCAGCAAAAAGCUUAACAAAGAAGUGCAGUCACCUGAGGGGCCAACUAAGGUGGAUGUGAACUCAGCAAUUUAUCAUGAUGGUCCACCUGUGCCAAGGAAGACUCCAAAAAUGCUGAGUUUUGUGGACACACAGGAAAUGGUUAGGGGUCCAGAGGAUCCACCUGGAUAUUGGGUUGUCACCGGGGCAAAGCUCUGUGUAGAAGGUGGCAGAAUCUCAAUCAAGGCAAAGUAUUCCUUGUUGACUAUUUUGUCCGAGGAAUUUCUGUUGUAAUGAGUGUAGGAAUAAAUUUGUAAAUAUAGUAUAUCCUUUAGUAGUAUUCUUUUUUGGUGCAACACUGCUAUUCUUUUUUGGCCACUGGUAUCCUCGAUCAACAGGAGGUAAUCAUGUUUGAGCCAAUAACAUUUAUAUCCUGGUGGGGCUAACUCUUCCAAUAGGGUUUAAUGCUUACACAAGACUCGAAAAUGAGACAUUGCUUAAGUGAAAUCAAGCAUGUAAUACUUAAACCAGCCAUCCAUAGAAGAAAAAAAAUUCAUAUUUAGGGGGUGUCAA